ACUACUUGGGAGAGGGGUCUCAGGAACAAACUUCUUGGAAACAUAAUACUCGUAGGGGAGCGGACUAGUGAUCGGGAAACUGAGAUAUGGAACGCUGGCAAGAUCGCGUUGCUGUGGUCACGGGAGCCAGUUCUGGCAUCGGAGCCGCCGUGGCCAGGCAGCUGGUAAGUUCUGGCGUUAUUGUUGUAGGUCUGGCCAGGCGUGUGGAUCGAAUGGAGGCCAUCAAGGAGCAACUGCCUUCGGAAUUACACUCCCGACUGCAUGCCAUCCACUGUGAUGUCGGGGACCUAGACUCGAUAACGGCCGCCUUCGACUGGAUCGAAGAUCAGCUUGGCGGCUGUGACAUCCUGGUGAACAAUGCCGGUUGCCUUUUCCCCGGGCAACUGCUGACCCUGGAGAUGGAGCACCUUCAGAAGGUUUUGAACGUUAACCUAAUGGGCGUGCUCCACUGCACCCGCCGCGCCUUUAGAUCGAUGCAGCUGCGUGAGGUGGCUGGUCAUGUUGUGCUCAUCAACAGUCUUACUGGGCGCCACAUCAUCUACCCACCCGGCGAGGAGCUGCAGGUGCUGAACAUGUAUCCGCUGACCAAGCACGGGAUUACGGCCAUGCUGGAGGUUUUGCGACAGGAGCUGCGCGGAUUCAAUACCAAGAUCAAGAUAACGAGCAUCUCUCCAGGUGUGACCGACACGGAGAUUCUGCCCUCCGGAUAUGAUUCUUUGCCGAUGCUAAGGCCAGAUGACAUCGCCGCGGGCAUUAUGUAUGCCCUGGCCACGCCUCCUCAUGUCCAGGUGCACGAGCUGACCAUUAAGCCUCUGGGAGAGCCCUUUUAAAGCUAAAGAGCACUAUAUUAUAAUGAAGAUAUCGUCAUUUUCAAAUAUAGCGUUGUCUGAAA